UAUACGCAUACUUGCUUGUUGGAUUGUUUACUUAAUAUCUCAGCUUCUUCUUCUUGUUACUGUCUCACUUUAGGGUUUUUAAUUUUUGUUGGUCUCUUUGUUUAGGGUCUCUCUUUGGUUUCUUUUUCUGUUUAUUUAUUUAUACAUAGCGACACAAAAAAAGAGAGUUAUAAUUAUAAACGAAUGGAGUCUGCAAACAUCUUUGGAUCCGAUGAAGAUUGUCGCAGCUGUGAAUCUGGAUGGACGAUGUAUUUAGCCUCACAGUCUCAUGAUCGUAAUCACGACGGCUGUUACUAUGACGAUGAUGAUGAAGAAGAAGAAGAUAGCGAUGGUGGUGAUUCGAUGGAUUCUGAUGCAUCUUCUGGUCCCAUGGAAGCCACAUCAUGUGUCAAACUUGCCCAAGAGAUUGAGGAGCAAAACUCUGUAAUGAAGAAGAAGAAAAAGACUAAUGAAGAGAUGGUUUUGGUGGAGACGACUAGGGUUCACAACAACGUCAAUGAUGAUGAAGAUGAUAUUGAUGGAGAUAAUCAUGAUUAUGAUGAUGGUAAUGAUAGCUACAGUGUAGUUCAUAGCUACGUUGGUUCGGUUAGACAAAAAGGGUUAGUUUGAUUUUUUCUUUUGUCAACUAGUUUGAUUUUAUAUAUUGACUUUGUGUCUAUGUUUAUUGAAGUGUUAUGUUCCAAUUCCAAUGUUAUUUUUCUUACAUGA